GAUUAAGACAAAAAAGAAGGUAUUUAAGCCAAAAUAAUAAUAAUACAUAAAGAAAGAACAAGGGUUUUGAGUGUCAAAACAAACGAACAAAUUACGGCAACUUAUUUUUGCAUUUGCGAUUUAAUGGCCAUUAGGCCUUUCCAAUCCACCUUGUCGCUCGAUAGAUUCGUCUCUUUUUUCCGCACUCCUCGUUCAUUUUCAUCCUCCACCACCAAUUUUCCCGUUUUCCCCACUUUCUUCCGUCGUCGCUUCGCCGUCUCUUCUUCAAAUUCAUCCCCACGACCUCCUCACCGCUCCCACCCUCCUCCGCUCCCUCCCUCUGACACUAUGGCGCUAAAGAUUGGAAAAUCCACUCGCCGUCCCGGUGCCACCUCCAAAGCUAGGAUUUACGCUGAUAUCAAUGUUGUUCGCCCUAAGGAAUAUUGGGACUACGAAUCCCUCGCCAUUCAGUGGGGAGAACAAGAUGAUUAUGAGGUUGUGAGGGAAGUUGGAAGAGGAAAAUACAGUGAGGUGUUUGAAGGUGUUCACUGUACGGAUAAUGAAAAAUGUGUCGUCAAGAUCCUGAAACCUGUUAAGAAGAAGAAGAUAAAGAGGGAGAUCAAGAUAUUGCAAAAUCUGUGUGGAGGACCCAACAUUGUAAAGUUGCUUGACAUUGUUAGAGACCAGCAGUCAAAGACCCCUAGCCUUGUAUUUGAAUAUGUUAAUAAUACCGAUUUUAAAGUGCUCUAUCCUACCUUGUCAGAUUACGAUAUACGAUACUAUAUCUACGAACUUCUAAAGGCAUUGGAUUAUUGCCACUCACAAGGAAUCAUGCAUCGGGAUGUAAAGCCGCAUAAUGUAAUGAUCGACCACGAGCAGCGUAAGCUUCGCCUUAUAGACUGGGGACUUGCAGAGUUUUAUCAUCCUGGGAAAGAAUAUAAUGUUCGCGUUUCCUCGAGAUAUUUCAAAGGUCCUGAGCUACUUGUUGAUCUUCAAGACUAUGAUUACUCUCUAGAUUUAUGGUCUCUGGGUUGUAUGGUUGCUGGAAUGAUAUUCCAGAAGGAGCCAUUCUUUUAUGGACAUGAUAACUAUGAUCAACUAGUGAAAAUAGCCAAGGUACUUGGGUCAGAUGAAUUAAAUGCAUAUUUGAACAAGUAUCGCAUAGAGUUGGAUCCGCAAUUUGCAGUGCUUGUUGGGAGGAAUGGCCGGAGGCCAUGGGCAAAGUUCAUCAAUAGGAAUAAUCACCACUUGGCUGUUCCUGAGGCUAUUGACUUUGUUGACAAGUUACUACAGUUUGAUCAUCAAGAACGGCCCACUGCAAAAGAAGCUAUGGCCCACCCCUACUUCAAUCCAGUGAGAAAUGCAGAAAGCAGUACAACUCGAGCACAUUGAGUUGCUGAUGCCUUGUUUGAGAUAUCUUGCUUACUUUUGGUCAAGGCCGAAAAGUCUUCAAACGUGGUGAAGCUCGAUUUAAUUCUGUCCUCAAGUUUCAUCAAAAUACCUCUCACUUUUUGGGCAAAAUCCAGGUCUCAACGAUAUCAUCUUGAUGUGUGCUUCAAUUUUGUGAAUGAGUUAAUUCCAUUUGAGUGAAGCUUAUACGCUUGUGUUUGUUGUAACUGGUCAGGGUUUGCGAGUUCCUUAUUCUUUUGUAGUCUUCAAGAAAAUGGAAACAGUCUUAAGUUUAAUUACUACAGAUAUUUCAUUAUUUUUUGUCAGUAAGAUUUCAUUUGAAAUGUUGGAAUCUAUAGGCGCCUAAAGUGGCAAUAAUGUGGGUAUAAUUAUACUUCCAUUUUGAGAUGGAAAAAAAUGUGUUUAUGUUCAGAAGUUUA